UAAUGCACUCUUCAGCAGCCUACAUCAACAAGAAGAGGAAGAAGAACAAAGCAAAAGGACACUGAGAAAGUGCUCUCCAUUAACUAACCUGGUACCAGUGCAUAGACAGAUCCGGGAAGAAUUCCUCAGUAUGGCCCCACCAGACCCAGUAAGAUGUCUCAUCUGUUUUAGCAAUGUAGUUGGACAAGUGGCCAUACCAGAGAACUGUGACCACUCUUUCUGUCUUGACUGCAUCAUGGAAUGGUCUAGGAACACGAAUACCUGUCCAGUGGACCGAAUUACGUUUAAUGUUAUAUACCAAACGGAUUACCCAGGAGGAAAGGUGAAAAACACGGUAAAAGUUGAGAGGCCAUUGAAUAAAAAGGAGGAUGUCUCAGAUGACCAGGUCAUUUGUGAGAAGUGUGGACGGUCUGACUUUGGCCAUCUGUUGAUAAUGUGCUCAACCUGUCAAACAGGGUACCAUGCAACAUGCCUGACCCCUCCACUGGGUGCAGUUCCAGCACAGGACUGGAUGUGCCAGGAAUGUACAGAUAGCCAUGGAAGCUUCUUUGCUGAGGAAGAUGGUGUGAGCGCUGAGGAAAUUGCAUAUUUAUUAGCUGAAGCUGCUCCAACUCCAGGUAGACUUCGUCUGUCUACUUUGACUUCCACUUCUGCCUCAAUAGGCACGAGGCGCAGCAAGCGGCUCCGUGCACAAGCAAGUAAAGGUUCAAAUCACCAGACCCACAGUGCACAGCAUGUUCCCAAAUACCUCCUGAAGUUGACAGUACCAUGUGACAAAAACGACCCAAGCAGCAGCUCAAACAUUAAGAACCUUUGCUCCCCAGAAUUGGGACACAAGAGGAAGAGAGGAGGCACAGACGUGCAGUGAGCGGUUUUGUUUGAUCAAUCACAACAUUAGAAAUAUCACAUGGAGACUGGUCUGGUAAAAUGCUUUGUUUCUUUCCCCAUAACAAUGUGGUAUAUUUGUGAAAGAAUGGUCACCUGAAGUAUAUUUUUGUCAUGUUUAUGUUAUAUUAAUGAUGUGUAAUACCUCGGCAAACCUGCGGUGGUCCAGAUUGUGGGUGUAGAUAAUGGACAGUAGGUGGCAGUAAACACAUGUAUUGAAUGCUUAAACCAGAUAUAAGGAUGACCUCAGAAAUCACGUGAUAAUGACACAUCAUGAUUUCCAGAGAAAUUAAAGGAAAUGGUGUCUCUCUUUCCUACAGUUGCUAAAAUAUACCAGUCACACAUGAUUGGUUCUUCUUGUCAAAUGUUGUUGUUUUUGUAUGGUGUUAAAUAAAAGAUACAUCUUUUUUUCA